AUGAAGAAAUUCGCCAUAAACCCUCCAUGUCGAAGACCUACUUUGGCUGCUAGCCAAGUAGUUGAUCCCACCAGCGUCAGGCGUGGUGAGGAAUUUCCUAAAGAAUGGGCCAAGCGCCAAGCCAAGCUUCAGAAAACUGCUGCAGAAGCAGUGAGGAAAUUCAAUGAGGAUUCUCAAGCUACUGCCACUAAGGCCUCUGCUAGUAAGGCUGCGCCCAAGAAGGCCAUCCUAAAAAAGUCUACUAGGGAGAUCAGAGACCUCAGUGAUGAAUUUGACAGAUAUCAUGCAGAUUGGCUCGGUGCCAAAGUCAGAUUUGUCAAGAUUGCCAAGAACCUCAACGCAGACGUUAUAGCAUCAUUGCCACAGCAAAUACCUCAGGCUGAAGCAUCUGCUCAGCAAGGUGAUGAAAAUGAAAACACAACUGAUGAAAAUCAGGCCGCUGAAGAAGCUACCAGGGCUGCUAAAGAAAUUCCAGCUCCUGAAGAAUAUGCCAGGGCAACCACCAAUGUUGCGCCUGAAGAACAACCCAGGCCAGCUAAAGAAUCUGUUCUGUCUGAAGAAACUGAAAAUGCCAGGGCGACUGCAUCAGUCGUGCCUGAAGAAACUGCACCAACUUCAUCUGCUCCUCCAGCAAAAUAUUCAAAGGUUAAGAAAAUCACUCUUCCUUCUGCAUCAGAAGUAAAGAAAACGAAGGCCACGGAGAAGGAAGCCGCAAGGAAGAGGAAAGCAUCAACCUCUGCAGAGUCCUCAGCUCCCAAGAAGGAGCUCAUUCCAUUUGGUAAAGAAUAUGUCAUUCCAGAUGACAUUGAUGAAGAUAAUCCUUCCACUGCUUCCUCGGAGCAGUUGGAUGAAGAAAUUGAAGUGGAAGAGGCUAUUUCCACACCAUUGGCAUCAUCGCCUGUGCCUCAGUUCACAACUGAACAGACUGAAGAAAUAUUAACCUGGUCCGAAGGACGUCAAACUUCACUGCAGUCCAUCCCUGAAGAAACUCCAGCUUCAAUAGCUAAAGAAUUGAAGAACCAGACUGCUGCUGAUGAAACAGCUCCCUCAAUUCCUCAGUCUGAGGUACCUGAAGUUGUGACUCAAGAGGUUGUGAGACUGUCAACUGCAAAUCUUCAGCCCAAGCCACAAAAUUCUCAUGCAAAGAGGCCAAAAUUCAAGGCUGAUGAUUUCGGUGAGGAUCAUUUCUUCACUGAUCUAAAUCCAUAUGACUCAGCAAGACUUAAGCACAAGAGGUUUUGGACUGCAAGCCAAAUGAACUUCUAUGCAUCUGUUCUAUUUGACAAGGACAUGGUAUUCAGCACCGUCAAAUUCCUCAUGUGGACAUGGAGUCCAUUGCUUUCUUCCAACCUGUUCUGA